CCUUCUUUCCGCCUUGACCGACUGACAUCAUCGCAAGGUGUGACGAAACCGAGGCCAAAGAUCGACAAAUUGACGCCAUAGUCCGAAUCUAAUAUCCUCGUUCAUCGCAAAGCUGGUAUCAGAAAUCAAUAUCCUUUUCGUCGUCCAGCGUACCUUGACUUGAAUGAGUUUCGGGACCCAAAAUAUCUAACCGAUUGGCUACGACCUAUCCCGGAUCAACGAGUCUCUACCAGCUACGCCUCUCCCUAAAGAAACCAACAUGCCUCCCCGACCACAUGCCAGGCAAUCGCCAACGCACUUCUUGUGCAUACCCCUGGUCACUCCAGCCUCAAGGCCUCAGCUUUCCAAGAGCUUGGCCGCUUUCAAGGCAGACGUUACCAGCCAGGACAGCUUCGCCAUCCCCGUGGAUGCGGUGCGCCCUCUCGGCACUUUGCACCUGACCCUAGGAGUCAUGAGCUUCCCCAACAACGAAGGCGUCGGCAAGGCUAUCGAGGUCCUAAAGGCUCUGAAACCCCGAGAUAUCCUUGCUAGCAUCAAGCCUCUUCCCUCCGUCACUCGGUUGGCGGCUCCGGCUCAGGCGUCAAAUGCCUCCAACGCCCCGCCGCUCUCCUCGCUGAACAUUACACUCCGCGGCCUACACUGCAUGAAGUCCGGCCCCAAGGCAGAGCCCAGCAAGGCAUCGGUUCUUUACGCUCCACCGGCGUACUCGGAGGGCAUUUUUCAGACGUUCUGCGAAAAGAUCAGGACCGUCUUCGAGGAGGCCGAGGUCAUGGGCAAGGACAACCGUGGACUGCUGCUGCACGCCACAGUUGUCAACACCAUCUACGUCAAGAGCGCUCGUGGCAAAAAGGGCUCGAAGCUGACUAUCGAUGCGACGGACAUCCUCGAAAGAUACGAGGACUAUGUUUGGAUGGAAGACGUGCCCGUGGAGAAGAUCGCCAUCUGUCGUAUGGGGGCCAAAAAGAUUGAGGGUGCGGAUGAUCAAGAAUACGAAGUUGAGGCUGAGAUUGACUUCUGAGCUCAGCGGUAAGCCUUGGUUCAUGUGGCUUCUCAUACGGGUUCCGAUUUUGCCUGGCACCUAAGGACAUAGACGCGCCUGGGAUUUUGAGAACAUUUCUUGGAAGACUCGAGAACCUGUCUCGGGAAGUCUCCAUUACAUGUUGGCUAGGUAGCGAUCGCGACACCAAGCCAACCGGACAUGAUGCUGGAAAGAUAGUGAAGGACCGAUCGCAAGCCUCAAACUCAGUAC